ACAGUCCUCUACUGAGUAGCGUAGCGUAUCGUCGACUCGUCCCAUCUACAACCAAAGGCGGUGAUGGGCUGCUUCUCCUCCAUCCCCAUCGUCCGCUCAUGAGAUUCAAAAUUCCCAAACUGCCCCUCAUCUCUCCCAAAACCCUAAAUCCUCUCACACCCAAGCCUCACAUGGCCUCCCUUCUCACCGCACCCGAAGCCCAAGCUCGGACUCUCCAUUCGGACCCACCGCAAGACCUCGACGACGUCCUCUGCUCCGACCAACACCAGCAACAAGAAGAACAACAGCAGAAUUUUGCCGAUACGGCUGUGUCUCGCUGCUUGAGCGGCGAGUCGCGUAUCGAGCGAGCAUGGGCUCAUUGGUCGAAGCUGGGCCGGCCCAAAUUGAUUGUGGCUCCAAUGGUGGACAACUCGGAGCUCCCGUUUCGGAUGCUCUGCCGCAAGUACGGCGCCGACGCUGCGUACACGCCCAUGCUGCACUCUCGCAUUUUUACUGAGAGUGAGAAGUAUAGAGACCAGGAAUUUACCACUUGCAAGGAGGACCGUCCUUUAUUUGUUCAAUUCUGUGCUAAUGAUCCUGAAGUUUUGUUGGAGGCUGCGAAGAGAGUGGAGCCGUAUUGUGAUUAUGUUGACAUUAAUUUGGGGUGUCCUCAGCGUAUUGCUAGGCGGGGGAAUUAUGGAGCUUUCCUAAUGGAUAACCUUCCUCUUAUAAAAUCUCUAGUAGAAAACUUGGUUCAAAACCUUCGUGUCCCCGUUUCAUGCAAAGUCCGUAUCUUUCCGGAUUUACAAGAUACAAUCAAGUAUGCUAGGAUGUUAGAGGAUGCUGGUUGCUCACUUUUAGCCGUCCAUGGCCGGACAAGAGAUGAGAAAGACCAGAAGAAAGUCCGGGCGAACUGGGACGCCAUCAAGGCUGUCAAAAGUUCUCUCAGAAUCCCCGUCCUUGCCAAUGGAAACAUCAGGCACAUGGAUGACGUUCACGACUGUUUGGAAGCGACUGGUGCUGAUGGGGUGCUUUCUGCGGAAUCUCUUCUUGAGAAUCCAGCUCUUUUUGCUGGAUUUCGAACUGCUGAAUGGGUACCAGGGAAUGAAGAGAGCAAGAAAGAUGGGAAACUGGACCAGGCAGAUCUUUUGGUGGAGUAUUUGAAGCUUUGUGAGCAAUACCCAGUGCCUUGGCGUAUGAUCCGUGCUCAUGUGCACAAGAUGCUGGGACAGUGGUUUCGAAUACAUCCACAUAUAAGAGAAGAUCUCAAUGCACAAUCCAUACUUACUUUUGAAUUUCUUUAUAGUAUCGUAGAUCGGCUUAGAGAGCUUGGGGCAGGCAUUCCACUUCAUCUUAAAGAGACUAAUGCUGCAACUAUUUGUGCGAAUGGUCUGGCUACUUGAACUUUGUGAUACUGGUUGAAUGAGGUGCUGUUCCAGAUAUAGGAGUCUUGCCAAAAUCAGAAUUAAGAAUCAGGUUUUCCGUUAGGUUUUUGUUAUCAUUUUCGAGUUUUGUAAUGUUAGGUUUCGUGGCUCUUAUUUAAUUUAAUUCAACUGAUAUAAACUUACAUAGGAGGAGAAGACCGCCUAUUUAUUUACCGUACUACAUUCUUUUGUGGUGAUGAUUUAGUGUAUUUGAGUCUAUGGACCCUAAAAAGAAAGGGAGAAACCUCAAUUGUAUUAACAUCCCAUUGUGGGAGAAUGGUAUUGAUUCUCUGUAUUUCGACCCAAUUUGCGGAAUGCCUUGUAUGAUUGUUGUAA